GCUCUUUCAUCUCUGUGCGUAAUUACGCGUCAUGCGCGUCUGGAAUCUCCUUUACGCGCAGCAUCAGCGGUUUGGAUUGAACUUUAGACCAUCUCUGGCUGCUGGAGGUGUCAUCAGUGUGUGAGGAUGAUGAUGAAGAUGAUGAUGUGUUCAUUGUGAGAAUCAGGACUGUAAGAUGCAGAAGAGCGUGCGCUAUAAUGAAGGACACGCGCUCUAUCUGUCCAUGGUUGCGCGUAAAGAAGGCGUCAAGCGCGGAUUCUUGAGUAAAAAAGCCGCAGAAAACAGCCGCUGGAACGAGAAAUACUUCGCGCUUUACCAGAAUGUGCUGUUUUACUUUGAGAACGAACAGAGUACCAGACCAUCGGGGAUUUAUCUACUGGAGGGAUGCACCUGCGAGAGGAUUCAAGCUCCAAAAGUCUCCACCAUCGGGAAAGAGAGUUCAGAUAAACAGCAGCAUUAUUUUCAGGUGAUUUUCGGCCAUGAUGGACAGAAGCCUCUGGAACUGCGGACGGAGGAGGAUGCCGACUGCAGCGAGUGGGUGGAGGCACUUCAGCAGGCCAGUUAUUCAGAUCUCAUCAUCGAGCGUGAAGUUCUCAUGCAGAAGUACAUUCACCUGGUGCAGAUCAUGGAGACGGAGAAGGUGGCGGCGAAUCAGCUGCGGAUGCAACUGGAAGACCAGGACACAGAGAUUGAGAGACUCAAAGCAGAGAUUGUUGUGCUGAACAAAACAAAAGAGCGAAUGUUACCCUAUCAGUCCAAUCAAGAGGAAGAAGACUCAGACAUCAAGAAAAUCAAGAUGGUGCAGAGCUUCAUGCGUGGUUGGCUCUGUAGGAGGAAGUGGAAGAUUAUCGUACAGGACUACAUCUGCUCGCCUCAUGCCGAGAGCAUGAGAAAGAGAAACCAGAUCGUCUUUAACAUGGUGGAGGCUGAGACUGAGUAUGUCCUCCAACUGUCCAUCCUGGUCAACUGCUUCCUGCGGCCACUCCGAAUGGCAGCCAGUUCCAAAAAGCCCCCCAUCAGUCACGAUGAUGUCAGCAGUAUCUUCCUUAAUAGCGAGACAAUAAUGUUUCUCCAUGAGAUAUUCCAUCAAGGCUUGAAGGCGCGGAUAGCCAACUGGCCAACAUUAGUUUUAGCGGAUCUCUUCGACAUCUUGCUGCCAAUGCUGAACAUUUACCAGGAGUUUGUGCGCAACCAUCAGUACAGUUUGCAGGUUUUGGCGAACUGUAAACAGAACCGAGACUUUGACAAACUUCUGAAGCAGUAUGAAGCGAACGCUGCAUGUGAAGGCAGAAUGCUGGAAACCUUCCUCACCUACCCCAUGUUUCAGAUCCCUCGUUACAUCAUCACCCUUCAUGAACUUUUGGCCCACACGCCUUAUGAACACGUGGAGCGCAAGAGUCUGGAAUUCGCCAAAUCCAAACUCGAGGAACUGUCCAAAAUGAUGCAUGAUGAAGUGAGUGACACAGAAAACAUUCGUAAGAAUCUUGCGAUUGAGCGAAUGAUCGUGGAGGGCUGUGAUAUUCUACUGGACACCAGUCAGACAUUUGUACGACAGGGUUCUCUGAUUCAGAUACCAUCUGUGGAGAAGGGUAAACUCAGUAAAGUGCGUCUGGGUUCACUAUCUCUCAGGAAAGAGGGUGAACGACAGUGUUUUCUGUUCACCAAACACUUCCUCAUCUGCACACGCACCUCCGGUGGGAAAUUGCACCUGCUCAAACAAGGAGGCACGUUAUCUCUGAUAGAGUGCACGCUCAUCGAAGAGCUCGACGCUAAUGAUGAAGACUAUAAUGCUGCUGGUCAAGGAUUCAACCAUCUGGAGUUCAAAAUCGUGGUCGAACCUGCCGAUGGUCUGCCGUUUUCCGUCGUGCUGCUCGCGCCAUCUCGACAGGAAAAAGCUGCCUGGACCAGCGACAUCAGCCAGUGCAUUGACAACAUUCGCUGCAAUGGCUUGAUGACCAGCGUUUUUGAAGACAACUCCAAAGUCACUGUGCCGCACAUGAUCAAGUCUGAUGCUCGACUGCAUAAAGACGACGUGGACAUCUGUUUUAGUAAGACCCUCAACUCCUGCAAGGUACCGCAGAUCCGUUACGCCAGCGUGGAGAGACUUCUGGAGAGACUGACGGACCUGCGCUUCCUGUCCAUCGACUUCCUCAACACCUUUCUGCACACCUACCGAAUCUUUACCACCUCUGCUGUGGUCAUGGACAAACUGGCCGACAUCUACAAGAAACCCUUCACAUCUAUACCUGUCAGGGUUCAGUAUCAUUCAUCUGAUCGAUUGUCCAUUUCGUCCAUCUGUCCAGAUUACAGUCUGAAGAUCACAAGGCUUGCGCUGGACCAGUCCAAGUCCCUCGAGGUUUUCUUUGCCACUAAUCAAGGCCCCUGGAGUGGAGAGCACCUCAACAACAAAUCCCCUCGGCUGUCGCGCAAGUUCUCGUCCCCUCCGCCCAUCUCCAUCCCGUCUCGCACGUCUUCCCCCAUCCACUCCCGCAAGCUGUCCCUCAGUUCUCCUGUGAGCUGUAAGGGUGGAGUUUUGGACCUGUCGCCAUCCACGUCCUCUGCAGCAAGCAGUCCCACGUCCACCUACAACCCUCUCAUCUCCUCGCCGCCUCCCACGUGCACCAAAGCUCCGCUGGACCUCAGCCGCGGACCCAGCUCCCCCGAACUCGGCCCCUCCACCCCAGAGGAGGGCGGGGAGCUGCCACGUAUAGAUGCCUUCUGUGGGAAGCUGAGACGGAGUAUUAGACGAGCUGUACUGGACUCAAUAUCACUGGACAAGUUUAUUCCUGAGACGCCUGCAUCGAGUGAUUCUGCAGACAUGUCACCAUGCCGGUCCCCAUCCACCCCACGACACCUUCGCUACCGACAACUCACAGGUCAGUCUCCGGAGAAUUCCCGCUGUGCCGUGUCCCCAGCGUCUGCGUUUGCCAUCGCCACAGCAGCAGCAGCUGGACACAGCAGCCUGCAAGGUUUUACCAACCCGGAGAAAUCGUAUGACAAAGAGUUCCUCAUUCGCAGAGCUGCCACUAACAGAGUCCUGAAUGUUCUGCGGCACUGGGUUUCCAAACACUCUCAGGACUUCGAGAUGAACGCAGAACUGACGUCGGCCGUGAUCGCUCUGCUCGAGGAGGUGCUGAGAGACCCUGAUCUGCUGCCUCAAGAGAGGAAGGCCACCGCCAACAUACUGAGUGCUCUUUCACAAGAGGAACAAGAUGACUCACAACUCAAGAUUGAGGACAUUGUCCAAAUGUCUGAGUGUCCGAAGGUAGAAUGCUUUGAGUCGCUCUCUGCCAUGGAGCUUGCAGAACAAAUCACCCUACUGGACCAUAUAGUGUUCCGGAAUAUUCCAUACGAGGAGUUUCUUGGUCAAGGCUGGAUGAAGUUCGACAAAAAUGAAAGGACACCAUACAUCAUGAAGACCAGUCAACACUUCAAUGAUAUGAGUAACCUGGUAGCGUCUGAAAUCAUGGCCCAUUCAGACGUGAGCUCCAGGGCCAGCUCCAUUGAGAAGUGGCUCGCAGUCGCAGAUAUAUGUCGCUGUCUCAACAACUACAAUGGAGUGUUGGAGAUCACAUCUGCUCUGAACCGCAGUGCCAUCUACAGGUUAAAGAAAACAUGGGCCAAGGUCUGCAAACAGACCAAAGCGCUCAUGGACAGACUACAGAAGAUCGUUUCAUCUGAAGGGAGGUUUAAAAAUCUGAGAGAAACUCUGAAAAACUGUAACCCUCCAUGUGUACCAUAUCUGGGCAUGUACCUGACGGAUUUGGCAUUUAUUGAGGAAGGAACGCCUAACUUCACAGAGGAGGGUCUCGUCAACUUCUCUAAAAUGAGGAUGAUUUCACACAUAAUAAGAGAGAUCCGUCAGUUUCAGCAGGCACCAUACAGGAUCGAGCUGCAACCCAAGGUAACACAGUUCCUUCUCGACAAAACUCUUGUAAUGGAUGAAGACACACUUUAUGAAUUAUCUCUGAAGAUUGAGCCAAGACUUCCUCCUGCCAACUAAAUAAUUAUGUUUACACUGGACUCAAAUGCAAAGUCAGAUAUCAAGUAAGAAGCUAUUUAUAGCAAAUAAGAGACAGUUUGUGGGAAUCCAUACAUUCAUCUGAACAUAAGAUAAUUACGAUGAAAUAACCAUCCAGUAUUGAAACAACAAGCUAUUCUUAUAUCGAUUAAACAUCUUUCCAUUUUAGUAUGACUUCUGUGUAGAGAAUGGGAAGAUUUGUCAUCGAAAUGGACGCUUUUUGAAAUAAUUCUGGUAUUAUGAAUUUUAUGUUGUAAACUCAGGUUUAAAUGUGCCUUUUUGUAAAUAUUAUGUACAGUUGCAAUAUUUCGUAGUACAUUUUUUCUAGCAUGAUACAUUUGAAUAUAAAUUUGGAAAUCUUUUUACCAGAAUGCAAAAUAUACGUUCCAUUUUUAGAAGACAGUCAUUCCUUUGGUGAAAUAAGAAUCGUAUUAAAGUGGUUUUGUAUGCAUACGGUUGUAGAUUAUGUCCCGAUGGAUGUUCAAUGGGGCUGACGUUAUUACCUUUAGAUGCUGGUCCUAUUUUGACAAACAAGUAUCCCGAUCAUAUCUCCAUUUUAAAAUGGCCAAGGAAAUGUUGGUGACCAAAAUCUGCUCAUUUAAAUGACAAUCAGGACAAUACCUCCAUAUACCGGAGUUAACUGUCAAAUAAUAUCUGUUGAGAUGGGCUCAACCAAGCACUUUACUGUUUACUUAAAAAUACAUUCAUUUACUUCAUUUAUUUGUUAAAACUUGGUUUUAAUUCAAGGUUUUAAACUAGUAUGCACUGUGAACAACAGGUCAGCUGCAUUUUGCAUUGAAAUUGCAUUUGAUCGUUAAGCAUGUUUAAGUUUGUAGAAAUAUUUGAUGUUCAUUGGCAUGUUUGCAUGAAUCUACAUUGAAUAUAAUGUACGAACUGACUUCAAGAAAAAAAUAUUUUACGUUUUUGUGUUUAAACAGGGAGUAAUUUAUUCCCUUAUGCAUGAUCAUGUUUGUCAGUUUUUUUUUUUUUUUUUUUUUUUGUACAAAGAUAAAUUAUUGUUUGAUUAAUACAAACAUUUACAAAAGAACAACUGAAUAUGUACAGUGCCCUAUUAAUUAAGUUUUUUAAACAUUCAUUUAUUUUACAUGGAAACUGUAGUCAGUGAAAAAACUGUUGUUUAAAUAAUGCUUUAGAUUCAUAAAACAUCAGAUCCUGGUGGACUUUCCACUUUAAGAAAUGAAUACAUACAUUUUCUUUAUAAGCCACCGCCAUAAACGUCCAUCCAUGAUGUAGCUGUUUAAAUAAAAUAUGAAAUAAAACUUUAUGUUAUCUAUCUAUCUAUCUGUUUAUCUGUCUGUCUAUCUAUCUAUCUAUCUGUUUAUCUGUCUGUCUGUCUGUCUGUCUAUCUGUCUGUCUAUCUGUCUAUCUAUCUGUUUAUCUGUCUGUCUGUCUGUCUGUCUAUCUGUCUGUCUAUCUGUCUAUCUAUCUGUUUAUCUGUCUGUCUGUCUGUCUGUCUAUCUGUCUGUCUAUCUGUCUAUCUAUCUAUCUGUCUGUCUGUCUAUCUGUCUAUCUAUCUAUCUAUCUAUCUAUCUAUCUAUCUAUCUAUCUG